UGGAAUUUUACAGUAGAAAGAUAAAGAUUGCACACAGUGCAUUUUACCUAUAUUAUGUACACAUAAAAUCGUAUAGUUAUCUAUUUUACAUACCAAUUCGCUAAACUCCAUACACGGCCGUCAGUCGUCAGCCGAUAGGAUUUCUACGACUAACAAUAAUAAUUGAAUUGUCAAGAAUUUCACAAGUCGGUGGCUACGUGUCGGAAAUAGUUUAUUUUCACAAUCGAUAAAGAUAAGGGUAUGGCUGAGAACGAAGCAGGAGUCAUAUUCGUAAACAGUAUUGGAUCGGAUAUUCAUAUAUGGAAAAAAAGAGAGAACGAUGCAAAUUACGAGUGGGAAACUUGCGUAUUAUAUGAAGAACCCGAAUUUAUCAUAGACGAUCCCGAAGAAAGUAAUACUAUGUGGAAGUUUUACGAUCAUAUUACAAAGCGAUAUUUACAUGCAAACGGUAAAGAAACGUAUCACCUAAAAAAUAUCGAAAGUCCUCCGGUUCGUGUACAAAUCAGCACUCCUCUUUACUCGUUGAAAGAACUGUGUACAUACACCAUCGCCACGAGGAUUUUAGUAAACGAUAGCGAAAAUGCUAUAGGCGAUUUUGAAAUUCCCAAAGUAUUAAAAAACGAUAUAAAACAUUAUGUAAAAAGUUUAGCGCUAAUGCACGAACAAGACGGUGACUGUUGUAUAAACGAUUGGACAGUAUAUCACGAAGAUUCCUACAAAGCGUAAAUUUGUAUUUCCAACGAUUAAUUAUUUUUACUAUGAUUAUAUAGUAGUAUUACAAUUAUUGUAUCCGUUAUUAAAAUAAUUUUUAAGAGUAUUUAAUAUGUAUUAUAUAGUAUUAUCAUUGCAAUAU